AUGGUGAGUGAAUUUUAUUAAAUAAGCUGAAAACAGGAGCAGACUAGGUGUGAAAACGGCUUGGAAAAUGGCAUGUUUUUGGUCUGAAAUAGGGUCCGCUUUAAAAAGACCAGACGGCACAACUCUACUAAGAUUUGCGAGGAGGUCUUGGAGCAGAAGGAAAACGGGGGUGGGAGGGGGCUGUAACCGGUUGCGGAGUUGUGUACUUUAGCACAGCAGUCAAUCGUCUGCGCGUUUGUUAGAUUUAAUCGAUUUUUAAGUAUCUUAGAGGCGACCCGACAUUGUGCUUUCAGACUGGAAACCCUACGAACUAGAAAGUCAAGUUGUUUUAAAAGCGUAAAACUUUUUUGAGAAAGCUCAAAACAAAAGGGUAAACCAGUAGAACACCUGUUACUUAAUAAAAUUUGUGUGAUAUUGAUAAUGAAUAACGAUGAUAACCAACUUAAUCUAAUGAGGGUAAAACACGUAAAAACUGAUGAACCAGUCGCCCUCUAAGAGUCUCAAAUUUUUCUUUUUCCCUUCUGCACGAGACCGGAUUUUUCCAACUGUCUUCCCAUAACCCUUUAACCCAUAAGAGUGACUAGCAUGUAAUUUCUCCCAACGAUAUCACCUUUGAAUCAAACAUUAUGGUAAGGAGAAUAAAGGAAAUCGUCUCUAUCAAAGGGAGCUCUUGAUUUUUUAAACAAAUUCUCCUUGUCAGCAGUUUAGGAAAUGUAUAGAGAACAGUUUGGAGAAUGUAUCUAAAGAUGUUAGGUGUAAAAAGGGUUACGAAAUUUGCGCGGGAAAAUAGCCCCGACAGCCUUGGGCAGCCCAAAUUUGCCCGUUUACCCGUUCGCGCUGUGUUGCUUAUGCUAUAUGCGAUUUUUACCAGGUAGCUUUUCAUUUACGAAAAAUAUUAUUUUUAAAUUUAUCAGGUAAUGACAAUCUUGCCAACUUCUGCCACACUUUGGAGGAGACCUGCAUCGCAAAUAAUUGAAGUUGGUGACAUGACCAAGGACCUUGCUGGGUGCAUAAAGGAUUACAACGUUCAGCGGUUUGACUAUCUAAAUACUUUUGAAUUUCUUGAUAAGAUAGCCGAAAAUCUAGCCGUUAAAUUGAAGCAGUCGCCGAGCCAUUUGUAA